AUUUGGGUUGUGCUGACGAGUGAAAUUCAUCCAGUUACUUAACAAAUUUUCUCCGUGCGAUCAAGAAAUCACAACGCCCGCUGUGUUACUCAAAGUUGAUAUAGUUAGAGUUAUACAUACAUUGAUUGCAGGGCUUUUUGCAACUUAUUUCCUUUUUGAAUACUUUUUUUCAACGCAAACGAUAGACUCGUCUGGCGCCAGUUAAAAUUUGUUGACGUACAGACUCGGACUUGAAAAAUGGCUGGGAUUUUCAGCAUCUUCAGUGAGCUGGAAAAUGCUCCUCCAACACCCAACAGCAGAGGCAAAGAGAACUCCAGAUCCAAAUUUUUCGGGAGUGUAGAGGUCUUGACGACAAAAUCGAUUCAACCUCAAAUCAAGCCCAAAGGCCUAUCCAUUCGCUCAAAAUCAGAUCUUAAUGUUUCCACCUUAAACAGUGUUGGGGCUAACCGACUUAAUUCAAAAGAUUGCCAUGUGGCCAAGGAGAAGCAGUGUCUUUCUUCUAAAUCCGUAUCACCUUUAAAACUGUUGACCCCUAAGAAAAAAAUUGAAAAUUAUGCAAAUAAGAAACUGUCACCAAAAAUAUCAUCUCCAUUAACACAGAACGUUCCAGAUGAGUUUGUAUUUAAAAAACCAGCAACACCACAAGCGACAAAAAAAGCAACAUAUCCUGAACCAGAAAAAAUGUCUUACUAUUACGAUCCUGUCAAGUACAUAAGUGAAAUAACUGAAAAUGAGUUCCAACAUGAUGCUUUGUUAUUUAAAUCACUCCAUAAAAGUAAUGAUUCUAUUGAAUUGAAUGAAGAAGACUCGGGCUUUCUUUCUGAUUCCGGCUUCGAAUCUUUUGACUACUCGGUUACCCCGUCUCCGCCAUUAUUACCAUCAUUUAGCAGUAUUGAGCUCCCCGAAAUUUCAGACUGCGAAGAUUAGAGAUACAAGUGUUUGUUCAAACAACAGUUUUUUUUUUAUUAUUAACUGAAAAGUACAAUAAUUUGUUUGGCUUUGGCUGUGUUAAUUUAUUGUUAAUAUUGUAACACUUUUUAUCUCAUAGAAAUUAAUUAAUAUUUUUUCAUAUUUUUUAUUUUAAUUAAUAUUUAACUCAAUUAUAUUUUUACUGUCAAAUUGUUAAGCAUGAUUUGGAAUAAGAAUCUCUGUAUUUACAUUGAAGGCAUAUUUUUAAUUAUUAUAAGGCAGAGUAUAUUAGUAUUGAAAUAAACGGUUUUUUUUUUUUUUAAUAAAAGAGUGCAACGCUGUUGCUUAAAGCAACCAA